AUGUUCAUUCCGUCCGAUACCGGUGCAUCGUCAAGUUCUGCUACUCGCCGAACAGGUCCCUCUCGAUCACCAACCAAAUGGGAUUAUGUUAAAACAUUCUAUUAUGAUCCAGCGAAAUGGGAUCUUAUUAAAAGUAUCGGCUGUUUUGCUGUUGCCAUCUACAUGAUUCGAGAUUUAGCAUCAAAUGAUCUACUUCCGAUGGAGUAG